AUGGCCUGCUCACCGCCCUCGUCGCUAGCAGCGUCGCCACUACAUACUGCAGGCAGUAAUGCACGCUUAUUCCAACCGCCGAAGUCUCCCGUAACUACGAAUGUCACACCGUAUUAUGCCAAUGCCGGCGACUAUUUCUCCACGGGCUCAAGAAAAAGGCUGCGUCCCGACGCCUCAAGAGCACAUGACCGAUACCUGGAUCAGAAUCACAGCCAACCACACAAUCCCCGAACGACCUCGUGGGCUGGAACGCCAGCCUGGCAGUUAUCAACACCUACCGACUCCAUUCAUGGGAGUCCGUUCGAGGAAGAUUCCGCAUUUGUGAACGAACGAUACCGGCUGGCCGGAGGAUUUGACACACCGUCUCUACCCCAGGAACCUGUCAUUGAAAACGAGCACGUGUUCCGGCGGCGGCUCAGAGACGACGAUAUGGACCGCUUCGUGGGCGGGGACUGCGUCUUUGGACCUCUAUCACGGGAACGCAAUGGCGUCGGGAGGGUGCUAGGGACGGGCAAUGGAGAAUCUUCUCGAAACACAUGGACCGGAUUGGCGUUCGGCGCAAUCGGGAUCGUAGGCAAAGUGUUUAGCUUUGGUACGACUGUUGUACGAGGAUUCUAUGCGGGCGGCGGAAAGGGCUAUGAUAUACACAACGAGACAUCGCCUGGACUGGUCACACCGAACACUCUGCUACGCCAGGCAGCGGCAUCAUCGAUUCCUGGCAGCUGGGCAAAUGAGGAUGAGCUGUUGGGAGAAGAGGAGCCCUCCUAUUUCACAUCUCCUGCCCAGGAGAUGCCAUCAACCACCCAGGAGAUGCCAUCAAACAAGAGGAGACAGACGGAUAGAGACGAAUGGGUAGUGAUAGGAACCCCUGACACGGAAGAAGGACCGAAUGCAAACCUGAAGCGAAGGAUCUCCAGUAACAACGUGCCGCGAAGCAGUCUUGCAGUGACCGCAUCCCGAGCAUCAAGCAGACGGAACCUUGCACCAGUCACACGACGCCCGAGCUCGUACGCCAAUGUUAAUGGCAGUCCGGCACAGCGGAAUGCGCAGCCGGGCGGCGGGCACAGCAGACGCGCUUCGAUUGCUCCUUCGCGCUCUCCACAGGCAUGUGCACGGCCGGGCAGUGGUGGCUCCGCAGCCAGUCAAAUGAGUCAGGAGACGGAGCGUUUUGCAAAACGUCAGGCGAAGCAGGAGCGCCAAGUCGAUAAGACCAUGAGCUCAAUGGAGCAGCGAAUGAAGGCUAUGAUCCAGCAAGCUCAGCAAGCCCUCGGAACAAAAUACUCAGUGGAGGGCGAUAACAAUAUGGACUUGGCUGAUGACGGUUUCUCAAGCGAUGAGGGCUGGUGA